AUGGAACCCACUUGGAAUGAUGCCAUUGUGAAGGGUAAUUCUACUGUCGCACAUUCUUCUGAUCCUGUCAUGUCCUUUAGAGGGAAACCCCUUGUCAUGGAUGAGCAUGAUUUCUUCGCUGAGAAGAAAAAAGAAAGUGAAGAUGAUGAUCCAAUGGAGCAUAGUGUGGAGAAUGUUCAUGUAGAUACUAGUUUAGAUCUUCUUACGAAGAAUACCGGUGGCAACAAAUCAUCAGGGGAAGAUGCGGGAUUGGAGACUAUGGAUGAUAAGAAAAAUGAGUUUGUAGAUUUGCUAGCUGAAUUGGAACAGAUGAAUGCUGAAAAUCAACGUUUAAGAGAUACGAUUGAUCAGGUGAACAACAACUACAAUGUCCUACGCAUGCAACUUAUCAAGCUAACACACAUGCAGCGUAGCCAUGGGAACAACCGAGUUAAUGAGGAGAAAGAAGAUUUGAUUGCAAGGCCAUUUUUAGAGAUGGGUGUUGCUGAGAAGGAUGAGCCUUCCCAUUCCCAGCAAUCUCCAGGGGUAAAACUGAGAGAAAACAAAAGUAUGGUUGAUUUGAUGGAUCAGUGCAAGGGACAAGAUAUUGCUGUUUUGGAGCCAGAUAAGGUGGAUUCUGGAAAGGAAUCUUCAAAAGCCAGAAUGGAAGAGAAGCACUCUCACGCUGACCAAGCAUUAAUCCCUUCAGGGUGCCUCUCUAACAAAGUUCCUAGGUUGGAUCAAGCAUCAGAAACCAUGUCAAUGAUCAAGAAAGCUCGUGUAUCAGUUCGAGCAAGAUCAGAUUCUUCAAUGAUUGCAGAUGGAUGCCAAUGGCGGAAGUAUGGGCAAAAGAUGGCGAAAGGGAAUCCUUGUCCACGAGCUUAUUAUCGUUGCACAAUGAGUACUGGUUGUCCAGUACGCAAACAAGUACAAAGGUGUGCUGAAGAUCGAAGUGUGCUGAUUACUACAUAUGAAGGGCAGCAUAACCAUCCACUCCCUCCUACGGCUCAAGCAAUGGCUUCAACAACAUCUGCAGCAGCCUCAAUGCUUCUUUCUGGAUCAAUGCCAAGCUCAGAUGGCCUAAUUAAUCCAAGCAUAUUAGAAAGUGCUGCACUUCCAUGCUCUCAAAACAUGGCUACUCUUUCUGCCUCAGCCCCAUUUCCUACCAUCACACUUGAUCUCACUCAAAAUGCUUCCAAUUCGUCACAGCUUCAAAGGGAACAACCUCAGAACCAACUUAACCUUCUAACUCCAAUUUUGGCUCAUAAUUUUGCAUCAGUUCCAAAAUUAUUUGGACAGACACUGUCUGAUCAAACUAAGUUUUCUGGCUUACAUGAGUCUCAAGGAAUGGACACAACUUCCUCAUUUGCUAACACAUUCAAUGCAGCUAGUGCUGCUAUCACAGCAGAUCCAAAUUUAACUGCAGCUCUUGUGGCAGCUUUAACAUCUAUCAUUGGAAGUUCACAUUCAACCAUCAAUGGCACCAAUAAUACAAGUGGAGAUGAGCAGUGCAAUAAUGCAUGA